GAAGAAACGAGCUCAAGCAGGAACUCAACGGGUGUGCGUUCAAUAAACCAUGACUACAGUCUUGUCCAGAGACAGCCAGCUGAAGACGAUGGAGUCGACCUUAAGUAACGCGGAAAAAUACAUGGGGCAGUUCUGCACGCUGCUCGCGGCAUACACGCGCAAGACAGCCAAGCUCAGGGACAAGGCCGACACGCUCGUGCGCCAGCUGUACGAGUUCGCCUGCACGGGAGACUCCGAGAUGAACGUGUGCCUGAAAAACUUCUCUGAGGACUUGGCCAUGGUGCAGGACUACAGACAGGCUCAGGUUGAGAGGCUGGAAACACGUGUGGUUGCCCCUCUGAAGGCGUAUGGUGAUAUAGUGAAAGCCAAGCGAGCGGACUUGAAGAAGUUCAGCACAGAUCGCAAGAGGGAGGUGAAAGAGCUGCAGCGGCUGGAAACGUUGCGGCUGAGGAACCCGGCGGAUAGACAGGGCAUCUCACAGGCUGAGGUGAAUGUGCAGAAGGCCACUAGCUAUGCCCACAGAAGCACCCAGCAGAUGGAGGACAUCAUCCUGGACUUCCAGAGACACAAACUGGAGGACGUAAAGAGAAUCUUCAGAGACUUCAUCAUGGUGGAGAUGCUGUUCCAUACCAAAGCUGUGGAGGUCUAUACGCACACCUUCAAGAAUAUGGAAACCAUGGACAUCGACAAAGAUCUGCAGGUGUUUAGGAACCGUAUCCAGCUGUCUGAGGCUCUGCUAGAAAACACAGCUUCCACCGCUGCAAUGCUUCCGUACCCGAGUCCCAGCUCCCCUCCUCUCAGACUGGCCCGUCACCCCAGCCCCCCUCCCUCCAUCCCCAGAAUGACCCUGGAGCAACCCAAAGAGUCUUUGAGGAGAACUCUACUCAGGGAGAGGGAGGCAGAGGAUGAAGAAGAAGAAGAGGAGGACGACGAGGAAGAGGAGGAGCGGUACAACUCAGAGGACGACCUAGGUGAGCCACGUACGAUCAGACGAUCGUACGCCGCUGAAUAUGUCAGGAACCAGAGACAGAAAUGAUUUGUGUUAAUGCUGUUAGUUUAGGAUGCCGCCAUUUUGGAGAUGCAUCUAAGGAAGCCACACAUUCAUGCAGGCCAUGUCAUUUAGGCUGGAUUAUGUAUAAUUUAAUGGUUGUUUUAUGGCCAAUAAAUCUGUAAGAUGUUUGUAAAAAGCA